GCAAAACGCCGCAAAGCGCGGCGGAGCUGCCGCACGGCGCGGCGGUUCCGGACGGCGGCGAUGGCGGCGUGAGGGGUCGCUGGGUCGCGGGCGCGAUCGGGGCCGGGGGAGCGGCCGCGGGACGGGACGGGACGGGACCCCCGCGCCGCCCAUGUGGCUGCAGCAGCGGCUGAAGGGGCUGCCGGGGCUGCUCUCCAGCAGCUGGGCGCGGCGGCUGCUGCUGCCGCUGGCGCUCCUGCUCGUCGCUUACUGGUACCUGGGGGCGGUGCGGGCGCGGCGGGGCCCGGGGCGGGGGGCCGAGCCCCGCGGCGCCGCCGCCCUCUGCUUGCAGGCGGCCACGGGCGCCUGGCGGACGCAGGCCGAGCGCGGCGAUGCGCUGCCGCUGCCGGAGGAGGCGGGCGGGGGCGGCGGCGGGCCGGGGCCGGGCCUGGCACUGGCCGGUAACGGGUUCCUGCUGCUGGACGUGGCCGCCGGGCGGCUCUGGGUGGCGGCGGCGGGAUCCGGGGGAGGCCCGGCGCUCGCCACCGAGUACCCGGCGCUGGUGCGGCUGAGGGCGCUGGGGGGGCGCGGCGAGGCGCGGGCGACCGUGGCGGCGUUGCGGGACGGAGCCGUGAGGAGGGUGCGGUGCGUCCAGACGGGGCCCGGGGCGGGAGCCGGGGACUGCGUGACGGUGCGGGAGGAGGUGGUGGCCCACCGGAGCCGGCCGCAUCUCUACCUGCAGCGCAUCCGCAUCGCCAACCCCACUGAGCGGGUGGCCGCCUUCGAGGCAUCGGCCUCAGCUUCCGCCGCCUCGCUGGGCGGCCGCUUCGCCACCAGCCUGGAGAAGGUGGAGGAACGGCAGUUUCUGCUCUCCUCUGGCCGCCUGCUGCUGGCCGGGAGCCCCAAGGUGGUGCUUAUGGUAGUGGCUGCCAAGAAACUCGUGAGCCGGGUGCAGGUCGCGCCCAAAUCCCACUUUGAUGAAACCGUGCUCUCCGUCGUGUACACCUCGGAGCCCAUCGAGGUCUCCCGGCUGGAGGAGACCUUCAGCAAGCUGAGGGAGUCGGCCAAGAAAGAGAUGCUGGAGGUGAUGCAGAUGGGGGUGGAAGAUCUUUUCCAGGAGCACCAACAGACCUGGUCAGACCUCUUCAUUUCAGGGGUUGAAAUGAGAAAGAUCACAGAUUCACAUACACCAUCCAGUGAGACUGUUAACAUGACCCUCUACUAUAUGCUGUCAAGCAUGCCAGCUCCUCUGCUAGAUCCACUCAUCAGCAGUGAGGACAGAGAAAAAAUGGAAGCCAGCUUGAACUAUGCCGACCACUGCUUCAGUGGCCACGCGACCAUGCAUGCAGAGAACCUGUGGCCAGCAAAGCUGACCAGUGUCGCCCAGAUCUUGCAACUCUCAGACCUGUGGAAGUUAACUCUCCAGAAACGGGGAUGCAAGGGCCUUGUGGCAGCUGGAGUCCAUGGACUUAUGCAGGGAAUGGUGCUUAGUUUUGGGGGUCUGCAGUUCACGGAAAACCAUCUUCAGUUUCAGGCAGAUCCUGAUGUACUUCAUAACAGCUAUUCCUUACGUGGGAUCCAUUACAAUAAGGACUUGAUUAAUCUAGCUGUUCUGCUGGAUGCUGAAGGAAAGCCCUUCUUGCAUGUGUCUGUGAAAUUCCAGGACAAGCCAGUUAGACUAUAUGCGUGUGAGGCAGGCUGUAUGAAUGAGCCUGUGGAGCUGACCUCAGAGGCACGAGGCCAUACGUUCCCCGUCAUGGUGACUCAACCCAUCACGCCACUGCUUUAUAUAUCCACAGAUUUGGUCCACUUGCAGGACCUGAGACACACACUCCAUCUAAAAGCUAUUCUGGCUCAUGAGGAACACAUGGCCAAGCAAUACCCAGGCUUACCCUUCUUGUUCUGGUUCAGCGUGGCCUCCUUAAUCACAUUGUUUCACUUGUUUCUGUUCAAACUCAUCUACAACGAAUAUUGCGGGCCAGGAGCCAAGCCGCUCUUCAGGAGUAAGGUAUAAGGCUGGUGCUUUUGGCUGCUGUCUGCUGAGUGUCGUCAACCUGAUUUUUGUGUCAGCUGUGCCUAGGGAGGCUCUGUCUUGGACUGUGAGGAUUUUCAGUCUCUCUUGCAACAAGUGAUCCGUGACCUGUUCUUGCAAGAAGUAGGAUUAGGGCAGGGAUGGGAGCGGUAGGGCUCACAAAUGUUAGAAAGAUAAAUCAUCGUCUGUCCUUCUUAAACAUUUGUAAGGCUGCAGAUCAAGGCAGACACAGCUUUUCUGUCCUUUUUCCACACAUUGGUGUAGGACAUGGCGUAUUUUUAAGCCAACAGUUGCAGCUGUGUCACAAGAUGAUGUUUCCUGUUAUGCAGUACCGGAAUGCUUGUGAGAGCACAGCUGUACUUUACUGCUCUGUGGGAGACGUGCACGCUUGUCUGCCUGGUUUGAAUGUGUGAUGUGUCAUAUAAAACCACACAAAUGCAAGCUAGUGUUCUUGGGUCAAGGUGCUGACUUGUUGGGACUACUGAGGAAUGUUCAUAGUUUUAUAGACACUGUGCAGUCCUCCAUCAAACCACGUUUACCACCAUCAUUUUGGGAAAGUACUGAGCUAGUCUUACAUAGCUAUGUUAAGAAAAGUACUGAGUGCUUUUUGCUGUGAAUUGGAGGUUCUGACUUCAAGCUCUACUGCAUCUCACCUUGGUGCAAAGGAUUUGAAAUUCUCGUUUUGAGUUGCCUUAGAAAACUUAGUUGCUAGUAAAUCCAGCACAGAAUAGACGACAGACAGUGAUUUCUGUCCUUAGUACUGGUACUUUCUGGUUGUGUGUUGAUACGGAGUGGAAAUGUAAGAUGAGACUGGAUUUGCUGUGUGAGCUAGCCAUGUGGUUCAGAGGCAUCCCUCCUUAGGGCUGAACAGAGUUAAAUGUAGCUUGUGUUUAAAAAAAAAAAUAAUAAAAAAGGACACAGUUAAAUAGAGCUGUCAGAGGAAACGUUCUAGCUUUAGAUUGCCCUGUUUUUCCAAAUUCUGAAAGCAAAUUCAGUUUCGGAUAGCUGAGGCUGGACAGAAGGUGCUGGACUAAACUUGCCAGUCAGUACCUAAGGGGUGUAAAGCCAGUUGGCAAUUCCCCUCUCAGCUCACCGGCUUUGUAAUGUUGAGCACUGGAGAUCAAGCCUGAUCCCAAGCAGGCCUAAAUACCUGUCAUCCAUUGAAAGAAUGAGUGGAAGGUACUUGUGGCUAGACAAAUUAACCUAGGAAGAGGUAGGAUAGAUAUGUACAUCAGAGACAAUUGCGGUUAUAAGCCUGUGAUCGUGAUCAGAACCUUAGUGCAAAAGGAGGAAGCAGUCAGGAAGUAAUUUCAAUUACUGUGUAUACAGCUGCACCCUGACAUGCGUCCUGAACUGUGUCCUUGAAAUGAUGAAAUUAUGUCCUUUUUUCUCUGCUGUCUAUCUGGUUGCCUUUGUCAUCUACAAGACUCACCUUCUGCCUUUCACAGAAUGACUUGUUAACCAUUACUACAGGUAACUGUCCCUGACACUGUUCUCUGAAAUGCCGAGAAGCUUCACAGCUACACACCAAGGCUGAUGUAACACCUCUUCCUUUUUGACACUGCAAAGAGCUUUGCAGUGUACAGCAAACAAGUCUGUUGCCUCGUCUUAAUUGGACCUACUUAAACUGAAGAUGAUGCAGAACUUGAUUCCAGAAACAGGGAUGAAGUGGAAGCCACCUGAAGCUCGAAAUCUCUGUAGCAGUAGGCAAGAUUGAUUGUGUUGAAAUAGCACCCUGUUUCAUUAAUCGGAUGGGAACAUCCCAGCGUCCAAGUGAACUUAGUCCUGCUUUCAGCCUCCGUUUGCACAAGACAUCUGACAAUUUUGCAGCUGACAACAAGGACCUUUUGAAAGCAACAAUCCUUUUGUGCCUUGUGAAGAGAGGAAUCUGAGACUUGGAAGGUGUGGUUAUUCAAGAGUUUAUCCCAGAAGCUUCUGUAACAGGUGUUUCUUUUUCCUUGUAAGCUCUUCAGUUCCCUGAGAGUAAUCCAUUUGGUGAAAAUACUUGAAGAUAUAUGAAGUCCUUUGACAUUGAUUUGUUUUUUAAUUUUUCAGGAAAAAAAAAAGAAUCAUGGUUCCCUUCAGAGAGUUAACUUAACUAGAAAGCUUUAGUGUAACCUCUUUUCUGGUAUACAUUUCCUAAUUUAUUGCUUGGGGGGAGGGGGAGGAUGAUAAUAGUUUUGCCUCCGCUUCAGUAACAAGUCAGUCAGUUGAACUGUAGAUAUGUAAGUGCUGGUAACAGGUUUUUCAGCCUUUAUGAUUGUAGAGUGCAAAAACAAUUUAAUGAUUGUUUUUUUCCUGGAUUUACACUUGGAAAUGCUGAUCUGCAGGUUUCCUAUUCUAAACAUACUGAGAUUUUGUGCAUUGAUCUGUUUUGGCUAUGGGGGGGAGACAUCCCACUUUCUAAUGAUUUAAAGGUGGUUUGGUUUUAAAAUACCAAAGCUGUUGUUUCUAAAUAAAUACCUUUCAGUCUAAUCUGA